GGGUGUGCGCCUGCGCGGAGCGGCGGGACAGGGCGUGUUCCGUGUACCCGAAGGGCUUGCAGCGAGGGAGCGCAUCUCUGCCCGCCGCGCGCGUCUUGCGGGAGUUCCCUGGGUGCCCUGCUGGAACAUGUCCAAGUCUCUGAAAAAGUUGGUGGAGGAGAGCCGGGAGAAGAACCAGCCGGAAGUGGACAUGAGUGACCGCGGCAUUUCCAACAUGCUGGAUGUCAACGGCCUGUUCUCCUUAUCGCACAUCACACAGCUGGUCCUCAGCCACAACAAGCUCACAACUGUGCCGCCCAAUGUCGCAGAGCUGAAGAACUUGGAAGUGCUUAACUUUUUUAACAACCAGAUUGAAGAGCUGCCCACGCAGAUCAGCAGCCUUCAGAAGCUCAAGCACCUGAACCUCGGCAUGAACCGGCUAAACACUCUGCCACGCGGGUUUGGCUCGCUCCCAGCUCUGGAAGUCCUGGACUUGACUUACAACAACUUGAAUGAAAAUUCUCUUCCUGGAAAUUUCUUCUACCUUACCACCCUGCGUGCACUCUAUCUAAGUGACAACGAUUUUGAAAUCCUGCCGCCAGAUAUUGGGAAGCUCACAAAGUUGCAGAUACUCAGCCUUAGGGAUAACGACCUGAUCUCGCUGCCUAAGGAAAUCGGGGAGCUGACCCAGCUCAAGGAACUCCACAUUCAGGGGAACCGCCUGACCGUUCUGCCCCCAGAACUAGGAAACUUGGAUUUAACUGGUCAGAAGCAAGUGUUCAAAGCAGAGAACAAUCCCUGGGUUACCCCUAUUGCUGACCAGUUCCAGCUUGGCGUGUCCCACGUUUUUGAAUAUAUCCGUUCUGAAACAUACAAAUACCUCUACGGCAGACACAUGCAGGCAAACCCGGAACCCCCGAAGAAGAAUAACGACAAAUCGAAAAAGAUCAGCCGGAAACCUCUGGCAGCCAAGAACAAAUGAGGGGCUGGCCGGUGCUGGGCUUCUGGACUCUUCUCCGACUAGCUCUUCUGACCUCUCGCUCCUUCUCACAAAUAAGGACAGUGCUCGGGUGGCUUUUUAAAAGCAUUUCUUUUCACUCUCCCUGUCUAGUUCUUACCAGCUCACCUUUUAAAUUCUUUUGGUAGGUGGUAGGUUUCUAUACCGCGUUCAAACCAUUUCCAUUUGUUUCCUUGAAAUUGCCAAGGGCAGAAAACAGAGCUGUAAUUCAACUGCAAAUUCCAGAGUAGGCACAGGUUUCAGUGCCUUGAAUAGACAUCACAAGCCUGCUUAUUAUCAAAAGAAUAAUUAAAAUCAUGUAACCACUUAAAUGUCACAGUUAACACUUUUCAUUCUUUUGUUUAUUCACACAACUCAUUAUUUUGCCUUAUUAAAAAGUCUUCCUUCACUGCUGAGCUGUUAUGUUCACUUAGCUUACAAAGGAUUUUAAUAAAAUCUUGAAUUUGUACCACACGACGCUUUUUGACUAGAAAAAAUAAUCUGAUUUUAGGGCAUACAUGUUUUUGUUUACUGUCCCCCCCCCGGAAAAAAAAAAAAAUGACCUCCAGUUUUACUGGCUGCAGAUGAUAAAGUCAAACUUUCCAUGAAACAAAUUCAAAAUUAAAUCAGAGUUAGUUUCUUCUCACAUCAAUUUGUCAGGGGUUUAUGUAUUUUUUUUCUUUCUUUGAAGACUGUUUCUAAAAUUAGGAAGCUGCAGAAAAACAAAUCUCUAGGAGAUUCUGCCAAAGGAUUUUGGAAAGCGGCACUCCUUCGCCGAAGAAGUGGUGACUUCUGCCAGUGACUGGGAGACGAGAGCUGUGAAACGGAGGGAGGAAGGACUCAAGUAUGUGUUUUUGUCUCUGCAGAAAAUCUGCUCAUACUAAAGCCUUCUUCUAGGAGACUUUGUUGCCAGCGAAGUUGUAUCAGCGUGUGCAGUCUACAUUGUGGCCUGUGUGGAAACUGCCUGGGCCGAGUCAUUAAACAACCCAUUAUUUCACAUCUGUGGUAGGCAGUUUUCCUUCUUAUCGACACUAGCAUUAUGGAAAUGAAGAUAAAUCCAAGCUGAUGCUUUGUGCUGAUGAAACGUAGUCCAAAUGGACCUCUGGAGCGGACCUACCUGUCUCACAUAAGCUCCCAGGGCCAAGACCACUGGGACCCUGAAAAGCCGAAUCAAAACAAAAAAAUCCUGAAUCCAUUAGCACGUGGACUUUCCAUUUCAGUGGCCUUUGCAUUUCAGUUUCCUAUCUCUGGAUAACUUGUAUCAGUUACCAAGAAGUCAGCCUUGGGAAGGGAGAUCCUCUGGUGCCAUGACCUGUUUGAGAGUAGAAUCGAUACUGUUUUCAGGGACAUAGCACUGCAUUUGCCUCCACCUAAAUUCUUUAAAUUCAUGGAAGAGCUUAUGAAAUUGCAGGAGAACACCAGUGGCUCCCCGGUAGUUGAUUGGAAUGAAAGUUUUCCUGUAGCAUUCCAGGUAGAAAUAUGGACAGUGCAGAUAAACUCACAAGGAAGAGAUAUUGCAGGCAACAGAAGAAAAGGGAGGAGGAGCAAACGCUCACUACUAAUCAAAAAAAUACAAGUCAGAGUGUGAGCCAUGUGUAGCAAUGAGAAGUGUGCAGCUAUGCCUUAAGGCAGUAUUAGGUGUGAGAGGAGUAACAUGAGAUAAACAUUCUCAGACCCAGCCGUGGGCAUUAUACGUUUCUCUCCUGCGAGGUGGUAGCAGUUUGAUAACAUGGAGCCCAACCUUAAAAGUGUGUACUGGGAUCCAGGAUUUUUAUUGGUAAGAUGUGAUCCCUGCACACAAAGCACUAUGUGGAACUUGUUUUUGUAGCAUUGUGUACAAAGUGAAAAUGUGGGGAAAAGUUGGGUGCCCACCAGUUAAGUAGAAAAAAAGACUUCAAAAACUACAUCAUGAUGGCCCAGUUGUGUGAAAACGAAAUUGUGUUUAAAAUAUGUAAACCUAAAAGUAUUAAAUGGAAGUGAAAAAAUUUUAAGGCUGAUAAAUUAUCUCUUCAUGGUAAACUAAGUUUUUUUUAUUGUCUUUUUAUACUUAUUCUGCGCUUUAAAUUUUAUGUAACAAGCAUGUACACUUUUGUAAUCAGAAACAUUAAAUUUUUUAAAAUGAAAUUAGCAUACUGUAUAUUAUGUAAUUCAGAAAAGAUCAUAUACUUAAAUUCAAAGUAUAAUAUAAAAUAUUCAAUUGGCUUUGUUUUCUUUUGUCAUUAAAAUAGGUUUUUCACAUC